AUGAGUGGUUCACAAGAAACACUCGACAUUGGAACAAAAUGUCUUGGAUGUGGUCUAAUAGAUUUCCUUCCAAUCAAAUGUUCUUAUUGUCAUAAUCCUUUUUGUAACAAAUGUAUCAAGACACACCAAUGCGACAAAGCUAAAAAAGAGCUUCAAAAAGAAAAGGGUUCUGUUCAAUGUCCUAUUUGUCAGAAAUAUAUUCAGUUAGACAAAGAAGAUAAUCUUGAUGUUGUUAUUAAUAAACAUAUUGAGAAUAAUUGUAGAUUAGAGCCAAAAAAAGAACGAUUCAUUUGUGAUCUUUGUGGGAAAACAGAACUUGUUGAGAUUAUUUGUGCAGGUUGUCAUAAGAAUUAUUGUGUUGAACACAGAAACCAAUCAACACAUCACUGCGUUGCUCUAACACAUAAAACCCAACCGUGUAAUGAACCAUCACCUUUGAAUAACAACUUUAUUUUAGAGAAGUCAUCCUCUAUCUUUAAAUCUCAAAAAAGCUAUCCAACACAACCUGUAAACAAACAAACAUCAAACGCUCAAAAGAAAGCAUUUAUCUUAAAGAAUGCUCUUGGAAAUAAAACUGUACCAUUCAAUUGUAGAUUAUAUUUUGAAGUUAUAUUACCAAAUGAACAAAGAAAAGCAUUAUGGAUAAAUAAAAAUUGGACUUGUGGUAAAGUGAUUGAUGUUAUUUGUACUGAAUUUGGAUUACCAAAUACUAAUUUAUUAAACGCACCUAAAUAUGGAUUAGUUGAUGAAAAUGGAGAACAGUUGAAUACUACAAUGACUAUGAAUAAAUUAACCAACUUUUCAAGGAUAACUCUAUUUUUAAUGAAAUCUGAAGAGUAA